GAGAACAAGGCAUUCAUCUACAACACACACUGAUCUAGCUAAAUAGACAGAGAGAGCGAGAAAAUGGAGAAUGGUGUGGCUAUGAAAGAUGAUAAACAAAAACCUCCUUCAGCUCUGCAACUCCAAAAAGACUCACUACCCCCGCCAGCCCCACUGCGAGACGUAAUAAUGGUGGCGUCCAUCGCCACCGGAAUUUGUUUCGUGUGGGCCUUGCAGCUCUCCCUCUUAACCCCGUACGUCCAGCUCCUUGGCAUCCCCCACAUGUGGGCCACCUUCAUGUGGCUCUGCGGCCCCAUCUCCGGCAUGGUGGUGCAGCCCGUCGUUGGCUACUACAGCGACCGCUGCACUUCCCGUUUCGGCCGCCGCCGCCCCUUCAUCGCGGCCGGCACCGUCCUCAUCUCCGCCGCCAUCUUUGUUAUAGGCUUCUCUGCCGACCUCGGCCGCCACCUCGGCGACCCCACCACCAAAAAGACCCCCAAGCCCCGCGCCAUCGUCAUCUUCAUCACCGGCUUCUGGAUCCUCGACGUGGCCAACAACAUGGUCCAGGGACCCUGUCGUGCCUUCCUAGGCGACCUCUCCGGCAACGACCAAAGCCGAACCAGAACCGCCAACGCCUUAUUCUCCCUGUUCAUGGCGGUCGGAAACGUGCUCGGCUAUGCGGCCGGAUCAUACAGUCACCUCCACAAUAUGUUCCCAUUCACAAUCACUGAAGCAUGUGAUGUCUACUGUGCAAAUUUGAAGAGUUGUUUUUUUCUCUCCAUUAUUCUGUUACUCAGCCUAACCGUGGUAGCAUUUACAACAGUACACGAGAAGCCUAUAUAUCUACCCAAACCGGAAACUUCCGGUGACUUUAAAGGGAAGGGACUAGGGAGGUUACCCUUUUUUGGGGAAAUAUUUGGUGCGUUGAAGGAGUUGCCUAGGACCAUGUGGAUUCUGCUUAUGGUGACGUGUCUGAAUUGGAUUGGGUUCUUUCCGUUUCUGUUGUACGAUACGGACUGGAUGGGGAAGGAAGUUUAUGGAGGAAAGGUAGGGGAAGGGAGAAUGUAUGAUAAGGGUGUACACGCGGGUUCAUUGGGUCUGAUGCUGAACUCGGUGGUGCUGGGGAUCACGUCGCUGACGCUGCAGGUCGUGGGGCGUGGCGGCGGUGCUGCAGGGAAGCGGCUUUGGGCGGGUGCCAACUUUCUGCUUGCGAUUUGCUUGGCCAUGACGGUGUUGAUCACCAAAAUGGCCGACUCCACGAGGCGGUUUCCCACCGUAGGUGGUGCUGGGGCCGAUCCAUUGCCGCCACCUGUUGGGGUGAAGAUUGGCGCGUUUGCUCUAUUUGCCGUCCUGGGCAUCCCUUUCUCGGUGAUUACUGUUGUUCCCUAUGCUCUAGCAUCCAUUUUUUCUACCAAUUCUAAUUCAGGACAAGGUCUCUCUAUGGGAGUUCUGAAUUUAGCAAUAGUUAUACCACAGAUGAUUGUGUCUGUAGUGAGUGGACCAUGGGAUGCCCUAUUUGGAGGAGGCAAUUUACCAGCAUUUAUCGUCGGAGCCAUUGCAGCCGCAGUAAGCGGGGUGCUCGCACUUACCGUGCUUCCAUCUCCACCUCCAUCUUGAUACUUAAUUCGGACACUCUAUCACUGCUCAUCUACUAAAUGUUUUGGAAACCCACUGUUUGAUCCAUUAAAAUAUGUGUUUAAAUUUUGGAGUCGAAUUUUCAUCAUGUCUAGAUAUUUUAAUAUUUUAUGAAAAAACUAGACCUACCUAAUUUCCCCACAAAAGUCAAAUAGGGAAGUUAUUUCUUCUUCUUCUACUUCUUUUUUUUUUAGUUUAUAAUUGUAAAAUAUUCUUGUAUCUCAUCUUCCCACAAUAUGUCAAUGUGGUUAAUUAUUAAUGAGAAAUCGUCCUUAAUGUGUCACUUGGCUA